AUGUCUCAUGAGGUAUUACGCUACAUGGAUGGCUGCCUAGCUGAUAGCAGUGCUGAAAAAAUAACCAAGAUAUCAGGAGCUGGUUUCCAAGAAAAGGAGCCAAGCGGCGUGCAGAAAAGCGAGGAAGGGAGCGCAGACGACCCGGCGAAGAAAAAGAAGCAGAGGCGCCAAAGGACUCACUUUACUAGCCAGCAACUGCAGGAACUGGAGGCCACUUUCCAGAGGAACCGCUACCCGGACAUGAGCAUGAGGGAGGAGAUCGCGGUGUGGACCAACCUCACGGAGCCCCGAGUCAGGGUCUGGUUCAAGAACCGGCGCGCGAAGUGGCGGAAGCGGGAACGCAACCAGCAGAUGGACCUUUGCAAGAACGGCUACGUGCCGCAGUUCAGCGGCCUGAUGCAGCCCUACGAGGACGUCUACCCGGGCUACCCGUCCAACUACUGGCACGCCAAGAGCCUGGCGCCCGCGCCGCUCUCCUCCAAGAGCUUUACCUUCUUCAACUCCAUGAGCCCGCUCUCUUCGGCCCAGUCCAUGUUCUCGGCGCCCAGCACGCUGCCCUCCAUGAGCAUGCCCUCCUCCAUGGGCCCCUCGGCCGUGCCCGGCGUGGCCAACUCCGGCCUCAACAACCUGAGCGGCUCGUCCCUCAACACGGCCAUGUCGACGCCCGCUUGCCCCUACGGCCCGCCGGGCUCUCCCUACAGCGUCUACAGGGACACUUGCAACUCCAGCUUGGCCAGCCUGAGGCUGAAGUCCAAGCAGCACUCGAACUUCGGCUACGCCAGCCUGCAGAGCCCCGGCUCCACUCUAAACGCCUGCCAGUACAACAGCUGA